CUUUCCCCUGCUGUUUAGGGCCUCCAUCUUGCGACAUGUGCCCCCACUGGCUGUGAUCGCCUCCUCUAAAAUAUCAUAUCCUAUCCACCUUAACUCUCACAAUUAAUAAUCUCACGAUCUGUUAUGGCUUCACGAUUCCCACGCUCUAACCUACACCAGCGCGAUCCUCGUGCCUCCUCGUCCCUUUUCGAUUCAUACGGUGGCGGUUCUCGACCCGCCAGUAAAUCCCCGGGCAGCGUAGGUGGUUACGGGUAUGGAGGAUACACGCCCCCGGCCGGGGAUGGCUCCGUGAAUGGCAACUCCAGGGGAGGGUUUCGCUCUGCGACCCCAAACGCCAAGGGUCAUUACUCCGAUGCUGUACUAUCCCACCUAGAGUCUCAGAAUGACGCAGAGGUCGAGGGAAUCAGCGCCAAGGUCAAGAUGCUGAAAGAUCUCACGGUUGCUAUUGGCGACGAGAUCCGGGAUACCUCCACCAUAUCGGACCUCAAUAACACCUUCGAGAAUACUCGUGUUCGUCUCCGCGGAAACAUGAACCGUAUGCUGCGGAUGGCAGAGCGCACCGGCGUUAGCUGGAAAGUGUGGCUCGCUUUCUUCUUUGCCGUCUUCUUGCUCUUUUUCUACGUCUGGCUGACGUGAGGGACGGGACAUGUUGCUGCUGUUAAUCUAGCCAAGCAUGAUAUCUCGGGAGCUCUAUUGACCCAGUGCAACGGUUUUUUUCUUGGCGUGGCUGUAUAGCAGAGGGCCAUGACCUUGAGCUAUAUAUUCAUAUACAGGGACACACUUGUGUCAAUCGCUUCAC